AUGAACAAAAGACAGGAAGCAUCCCUCCCUCAGUCCCUCCCUCAGUUCUACCCUCAGUUCUUCCCUCAGUCCCUCCCUCAGUCCCUCCCUCAGUUCCUCCCUCAGUUCCUCCCUCAGUUCCUCCCUCAGUUCCUCCCUCAGUUCCUCCCUCAGUCCCUCCCUCAGUCCCUCCCUCAGUCCCUCCCUCAGUCCCUCCCUCAGUUCCUCCCUCAGUCCCUCCCUCAGUCCCUCCCUCAGUCCCUCCCUCAGUUCCUCCCUCAGUCCCUCCCUCAGUUCCUCCCUCAGUCCCUCCCUCAGUCCCUCCCUCAGUCCCUCCCUCAGUCCCUCCCUCAGUUCCUCCCUCAGUUCCUCCCUCAGUUCCUCCCUCAGUUCCUCCCUCAGUUCCUCCCUCAGUUCCUCCCUCAGUUCCUCCCUCAGUUCCUCCCUCAGUCCCUCCCUCAGUUCCUCCCUCAGUUCCUCCCUCAGUUCCUCUUUCAGUUCCUUCCUCCCUCAGUUCCUCCCUCAUUCCUCCCUCAGUUCCUCCCUCAGUUCCUCCCUCAGUUCCUCCCUCAGUUCCUCCCUCAGUUCCUCCCUCAGUUCCUCCCUCAGUCCCUCCCUCAGUCCCUCCCUCAGUCCCUCCCUCAGUUCCUCCCUCAGUUCCUCCCUCAGUUCCUCCCUCAGUUCCUCCCUCAGUCCCUCCCUCAGUCCCUCCCUCAGUUCCUCCCUCAGUCCCUCCCUCAGUUCCUCCCUCAGUUCCUCCCUCAGUUCCUCCCUCAGUUCCUCCCUCAGUCCCUCCCUCAGUCCCUCCCUCAGUCCCUCCCUCAGUCCCUCCCUCAGUUCCUCCCUCAGUUCCUCCCUCAGUUCCUCCCUCAGUUCCUCCCUCAGUCCCUCCCUCAGUCCCUCCCUCAUUCCUACCUCGGUUCCUACCUCGGUCCCUCCCUCGGUUCCUCCUCAGUUCCUCCCUCAUCCCUCCCUCAGUUCCUCCCUCAGUUCCUCCCUCAGUUCCUCCCUCAGUUCCUCCCUCAGUUCCUCCCUCAGUCCCUCCCUCAGUUCCUCCCUCAGUUCCUCCCUCAGUCCCUCCCUCAGUUCCUCCCUCAGUUCCUCCCUCAGUUCCUCCCUCAGUUCCUCCCUCAGUUCCUCCCUCAGUUCCUCGAUCAGUUCCUCCCUCAGUCCCUCCCUCAGUCCCUCCCUCAGUUCCUCCCUCAGUUCCUCCCUCAGUCCCUCCCUCAGUUCCUCCCUCAGUUCCUCCCUCAGUUCCUCCCUCAGUUCCUCCCUCAGUUACUCCUUCAGUCCCUCCCUCAGUCCCUCCCUCAGUCCCUCCCUCAGUCCCUCCCUCAGUUCCUCCCUCAGUCCCUCCCUCAGUUCCUCCCUCAGUCCCUCCCUCAGUCCCUCCCUCAGUUCCUCCCUCAGUCCCUCCCUCAGUCCCUCCCUCAGUCCCUCCCUCAGUUCCUCCCUCAGUUCCUCCCUCAGUUCCUCCCUCAGUUCCUCCCUCAGUUCCUCCCUCAGUUCCUCCCUCAGUUCCUCCCUCAGUCCCUCCCUCAGUUCCUCCCUCAGUUCCUCCCUCAGUCCCUCCCUCAGUUCCUCCCUCAGUUCCUCCCUCAGUUCCUCCCUCAGUUCCUCCCUCAGUUCCUCCCUCAGUUCCUCGAUAAGUUCCUCCCUCAGUCCCUCCCUCAGUCCCUCCCUCAGUUCCUCCCUCAGUUCCUCCCUCAGUCCCUCCCUCAGUUCCUCCCUCAGUUCCUCCCUCAGUUCCUCCCUCAGUUCCUCCCUCAGUUACUCCUUCAGUCCCUCCCUCAGUCCCUCCCUCAGUCCCUCCCUCAGUCCCUCCCUCAGUUCCUCCCUCAGUCCCUCCCUCAGUCCCUCCCUCAGUCCCUCCCUCAGUCCCUCCCUCAGUUCCUCCCUCAGUCCCUCCCUCAGUCCCUCCCUCAGUCCCUCCCUCAGUUCCUCCCUCAGUCCCUCCCUCAGUUCCUCCCUCAGUUCCUCCCUCAGUUCCUCCCUCAGUCCCUCCCUCAGUUCCUCCCUCAGUCCCUCCCUCAGUUCCUCCCUCAGUCCCUCCCUCAGUUCCUCCCUCAGUUCCUCCCUCAGUUCCUCCCUCAGUUCCUCGAUCAGUUCCUCCCUCAGUCCCUCCCUCAGUCCCUCCCUCAGUUCCUCCCUCAGUCCCUCCCUCAGUUCCUCCCUCAGUUCCUCCCUCAGUCCCUCCCUCAGUUCCUCCCUCAGUUCCUCCCUCAGUUCCUCCCUCAGUCCCUCCCUCAGUUCCUCCCUCAGUUCCUCCCUCAGUUCCUCCCUCAGUUCCUCCCUCAGUCCCUCCCUCAGUUCCUCCCUCAGUCCCUCCCUCAGUUCCUCCCUCAGUUCCUCCCUCAGUUCCUCCCUCAGUCCCUCCCUCAGUCCCUCCCUCAGUCCCUCCCUCAGUCCCUCCCUCAGUUCCUCCCUCAGUUCCUCCCUCAGUUCCUCCCUCAGUUCCUCCCUCAGUUCCUCCCUCAGUUACUCCUUCAGUCCCUCCCUCAGUCCCUCCCUCAGUCCCUCCCUCAGUUCCUCCCUCAGUCCCUCCCUCAGUCCCUCCCUCAGUCCCUCCCUCAGUCCCUCCCUCAGUCCCUCCCUCAGUUCCUCCCUCAGUCCCUCCCUCAGUUCCUCCCUCAGUUCCUCCCUCAGUUCCUCCCUCAGUUCCUCCCUCAGUUCCUCCCUCAGUCCCUCCCUCAGUUCCUCCCUCAGUUCCUCCCUCAGUCCCUCCCUCAGUCCCUCCCUCAGUCCCUCCCUCAGUCCCUCCCUCAGUCCCUCCCUCAGUCCCUCCCUCAGUUCCUCCCUCAGUUCCUCCCUCAGUUCCUCCCUCAGUCCCUCCCUCAGUCCCUCCCUCAGUCCCUCCCUCAGUCCCUCCCUCAGUCCCUCCCUCAGUCCCUCCCUCAGUCCCUCCCUCAGUUCCUCCCUCAGUCCCUCCCUCAGUCCCUCCCUCAGUCCCUCCCUCAGUUCCUCCCUCAGUCCCUCCCUCAGUUCCUCCCUCAGUCCCUCCCUCAGUCCCUCCCUCAGUUCCUCCCUCAGUUCCUCCCUCAGUUCCUCCCUCAGUCCCUCCCUCAGUCCCUCCCUCAGUCCCUCCCUCAGUUCCUCCCUCAGUUCCUCCCUCAGUCCCUCCCUCAGUCCCUCCCUCAGUCCCUCCCUCAGUUCCUCCCUCAGUCCCUCCCUCAGUCCCUCCCUCAGUCCCUCCCUCAGUCCCUGUUUCAGUCCCUCCCUCAGUUCCUCCCUCAGUUCCUCCCUCAGUUCCUCCCUCAGUCCCUCCCUCAGUCCCUCCCUCAGUUCCUCCCUCAGUUCCUCCCUCAGUUCCUCCCUCAGUUCCUCCCUCAGUUCCUCCCUCAGUCCCUCCCUCAGUUCCUACCUCGGUUCCUACCUCGGUCCCUCCCUCGGUUCCUCCCUCAGUUCCUCCCUCAGUUCCUCCCUCAGUUCCUCCCUCAGUCCCUCCCUCAGUCCCUCCCUCAGUCCCUCCCUCAGUUCCUCCCUCAGUUCCUCCCUCAGUCCCUCCCUCAGUCCCUCCCUCAGUCCCUCCCUCAGUUCCUCCCUCAGUUCCUCCCUCAGUUCCUCCCUCAGUUCCUCCCUCAGUUCCUCCCUCAGUUCCUCCCUCAGUUACUCCUUCAGUCCCUCCCUCAGUCCCUCCCUCAGUUCCUCCCUCAGUUCCUCCCUCAGUCCCUCCCUCAGUCCCUCCCUCAGUCCCUCCCUCAGUCCCUCCCUCAGUCCCUCCCUCAGUCCCUCCCUCAGUCCCUCCCUCAGUCCCUCCCUCAGUUCCUCCCUCAGUUCCUCCCUCAGUUCCUCCCUCAGUUCCUCCCUCAGUUCCUCCCUCAGUUCCUCCCUCAGUUCCUCCCUCAGUCCCUCCCUCAGUUCCUCCCUCAGUUCCUCCCUCCUCAGUUCUUCCCUCAGUUCUUCCCUCAGUCCCUCCCUCAGUCCCUCCCUCAGUUCCUCCCUCAGUUCCUCCCUCAGUUCCUCCCUCAGUUCCUCCCUCAGUCCCUCCCUCAGUCCCUCCCUCAGUCCCUCCCUCAGUCCCUCCCUCAGUCCCUCCCUCAGUCCCUCCCUCAGUCCCUCCCUCAGUCCCUCCCUCAGUUCCUCCCUCAGUCCCUCCCUCAGUUCCUCCCUCAGUUCCUCCCUCAGUCCCUCCCUCAGUUCCUCCCUCAGUUCCUCCCUCAGUUCCUCCUCAGCAGUCCUCUCAGUCCCUCCCUCAGUCCCUCCCUCAGGCUCCUCCCUCAGUCCUCCUCAGUCCUCCCUCAGUUCCUCCCUCAGUCCCUCCCUCAGUUCCUCCCUCAGUUCCUCCCUCAGUCCCUCCCUCAGUCCCUCCCUCAGUUCCUCCCUCAGUUCCUCCCUCAGUUCCUCCCUCAGUUCCUCCCUCAGUUCCUCCCUCAGUCCCUCCCUCAGUUCCUCCCUCAGUUCCUCCCUCAGUCCCUCCCUCAGUUCCUCCCUCAGUUCCUCCCUCAGUUCCUCCCUCAGUCCCUCCCUCAGUUCCUCCCUCAGUCACCUCCCCUCAGUCCCUCCCUCAGUCCCUCCCUCAGUUCCUCCCUCAGUUCCUCCCUCAGUUCCUCCCUCAGUUCCUCCCUCAGUUCCUCCCUCAGUCCCUCCCUCAGUUCCUCCCUCAGUUCCUCCCUCGUCUCCCUCGCGGUCCCUCCCUCAGUCCCUCCCUCAGUUUCCCCUCAGUCCCUCCCUCAGUCCCUCCCUCAGUUCCUCCCUCAGUUCCCUCCUCAGUUCCUCCCUCAGUUCCUCCCUCAGUCCCUCCCUCAGUUCCUCCCUCAGUCCCUCCCUCAGUUCCUCCCUCAGUCCCUCCCUCAGUUCCUCCCUCAGUCCCUCCCUCAGUUCCUCCCUCAGUCCCUCCCUCAGUUCCUCCCUCAGUUCCUCCCUCAGUUCCUCCCUCAGUUCCUCCCUCAGUUCCUCCCUCAGUUCCUCCCUCAGUUCCUCCAUCGUCCCUCCCUCAUCCCUCCCUCAUCCCUCCCUCAGUUCCUCCCUCAGUUCCUCCCUCAGUUCCUCCCUCAGUCCCUCCCUCAGUUCCUCCCUCAGUCCCUCCCUCAGUCCCUCCCUCAGUUCCUCCCUCAGUUCCUCCCUCAGUUCCUCCCUCAGUUCCUCCCUCAGUCCCUCCCUCAGUCCCUCCCUCAGUCCCUCCCUCAGUUCCUCCCUCAGUUCCUCCCUCAGUCCCUCCCUCAGUUCCUCCCUCAGUCCCUCCCUCAGUUCCUCCCUCAGUUCCUCCCUCAGUUCCUCCCUCAGUUCCUCCCUCAGUUCCUCCCUCAGUUCCUCCCUCAGUUACUCCUUCAGUUCCUCGCUCAGUUCCUCCCUCAGUUCCUCUUUCAGUUCCUUCCUCCCUCAGUUCCUCCCUCAUUCCUCCCUCAGUUCCUCCCUCAGUUCCUCCCUCAGUCCCUCCCUCAGUUCCUCCCUCAGUUCCUCCCUCAGUCCCUCCCUCAGUCCCUCCCUCAGUCCCUCCCUCAGUUCCUCCCUCAGUCCCUCCCUCAGUCCCUCCCUCAGUUCCUCCCUCAGUCCCUCCCUCAGUUCCUCCCUCAGUUCCUCCCUCAGUCCCUCCCUCAGUUCCUCCCUCAGUCCCUCCCUCAGUUCCUCCCUCAGUCCCUCCCUCAGUUCCUCCCUCAGUCCCUCCCUCAGUUCCUCCCUCAGUCCCUCCCUCAGUUCCUCCCUCAGUUCCUCCCUCAGUUCCUCCCUCAGUUCCUCCCUCAGUUCCUCCCUCAGUUCCUCCCUCAGUUCCUCCAUCGUCCCUCCCUCAUCCCUCCCUCAUCCCUCCCUCAGUUCCUCCCUCAGUCCCUCCCUCAGUUCCUCCCUCAGUCCCUCCCUCAGUUCCUCCCUCAGUUCCUCCCUCAGUCCCUCCCUCAGUUCCUCCCUCAGUUCCUCCCUCAGUUCCUCCCUCAGUUCCUCCCUCAGUUCCUCCCUCAGUCCCUCCCUCAGUCCCUCCCUCAGUCCCUCCCUCAGUUCCUCCCUCAGUCCCUCCCUCAGUCCCUCCCUCAGUCCCUCCCUCAGUUCCUCCCUCAGUUCCUCCCUCAGUUCCUCCCUCAGUCCCUCCCUCAGUCCCUCCCUCAGUCCCUCCCUCAGUCCCUCCCUCAGUUCCUCCCUCAGUUCCUCCCUCAGUUCCUCUUUCAGUUCCUUCCUCCCUCAGUUCCUCCCUCAGUUCCUCCCUCAGUUCCUCCCUCAGUUCCUCCCUCAGUCCCUCCCUCAGUCCCUCCCUCAGUUCCUCCCUCAGUUCCUCCCUCAGUUCCUCCCUCAGUUCCUCCCUCAGUUCCUCCUCGUCCCUCCUCAGUCCUCCCUCAGUUCCUCCCUCAGUCCCUCCCUCAGUUCCUCCCUCAGUUCCUCCCUCAGUUCCUCCCUCAGUCCCUCCCUCAGUCCCUCCCUCAGUUCCUCCCUCAGUCCCUCCCUCAGUUCCUCCCUCAGUCCCUCCCUCAGUUCCUCCCUCAGUUCCUCCCUCAGUCCCUCCCUCAGUUCCUCCCUCAGUCCCUCCCUCAGUUCCUCCCUCAGUUCCUCCCUCAGUUCCUCCCUCAGUCCCUCCCUCAGUCCCUCCCUCAGUCCCUCCCUCAGUUCCUCCCUCAGUUCCUCCCUCAGUUCCUCCCUCAGUUCCUCCCUCAGUUCCUCCCUCAGUUCCUCCCUCAGUCCUCCUCAUCGUCCCUCCCUCAGUUCCUCCCUCAGUUCCUCCCUCAGUCCCUCCCUCAGUCCCUCCCUCAGUCCCUCCCUCAGUUCCUCCCUCAGUUCCUCCCUCAGUUCCUCCCUCAGUUCCUCGAUCAGUCCCUCCCUCAGUCCCUCCCUCAGUUCCUCCCUCAGUCCCUCCCUCAGUCCCUCCCUCAGUUCCUCCCUCAGUUCCUCCCUCAGUCCCUCCCUCAGUUCCUCCCUCAGUUCCUCCCUCAGUUGGUCAGAUUACCAUCUCAUUGUUAA